AUGGGGCUCGAGGGACCUGGGACAGCUGGCCCACCACUGGCGACCCCACUUCCCACCCCCAACGGCAGUUGGCUGGGCCAGGACUUGGAAGGGCAGUGGCCGGAGACCCUGGAGAAGUCCCCGUGUGUGGCUGGCGUCGUCGCUGUCAUCUAUUACAGUGUUCUGCUGGGCCUGGGGCUGCCUGUCAACCUGCUCACCACGGUGGCCCUGGCCCGCCUCGUCACCAGGACCAGGAAGCCCUCCUACUACUACUUGCUGGCACUCACGGCCUCAGACGUCAUCACGCAGGUGGUCAUCGUGUUCAUGGGGUUCCUGCUGCAGGGGGCCGUGCUGGCCCGCCAGGUGCCAAAGGCAGUGGUGCGUACGGCCAACAUCCUGGAGUUCGCUGCCAACCAUGCUUCGGUCUGGAUUGCCGUCCUGUUCACGCUUGACCGUUACAACGCCCUGUGCCGCCCGCUGCACCACCGUGCCAACGCCUCCCCAGGCCGCACCUGCCGGGCCAUCGCCACUGUCUUCAGUGCUGCCCUGCUGACUGGCAUUCCCUUCUACUGGUGGCUGGACGUGUGGAAAGACACAGAGCCACCCAGCACACUGGAUGAGAUCCUCAAGUGGGCUCACUGCCUCACCGUCUAUUUCAUCCCCUGUAGCGUGUUCCUGGUCACCAACUCAGUCAUCAUCUGCCAGUUACGCAGGAGAGGCCAGAAUGGGCUGCAGCCCCGGACGGGCAAAAGCACAGCCAUCCUCCUGGGUGUCACCUCACUCUUCGCCCUCCUCUGGGCUCCACGCAUCAUCGUCAUGCUCUAUCAUCUAUACGUGGCCCCAGUCCACCGGGACUGGAGGGUCCACCUGGCCCUGGAUGUGGCCAACAUGACAGCUAUGCUCAACACCGUAGUUAACUUUGGCCUCUACUGCUUUGUCAGCAAGACUUUCCGGACCAUUGUGCAACAGGUCAUCCAGGACGCCUACCUGCUUUGCACCCUGGGGUCGCAGCCAGAGGGCAUGGGGGCGGAGCCUGUGCUGAGGCCUCCAGAGCUCCCCAAAGGGGCAGAACUGUAG